AUUUGGUCUACAUUGACCCCUCUCCCACCUUUUCUACUCUAUCUGCACGAAGGCAGCAUUUUUAAACCUGAGGCCAAAGUAAAAAGUGCACGGGAAGGAUGGACACACUACAUCUGCCACAGCAAAUGGCUACAAAAAACAAAUGUAAGGAAGACAACGAUGAGAAAAAUGGAUAUAAAAGUAAAGAAAUCAAAGCGAGCCCUGCACAUUCCACUGCGGCUCUGAUCGUGGCUGAGCCGGAGGACACAGAUCCAUGGGACCUGCCAGAACUGAAGGAUGCGGGUGUCCCGUGGUCAGCACUGGAUACCAAAGGGAAGGUCCUCACAGUGCUGAUAUCAGUGGGGAAGCUGAUUCUGCUUUUAGGUUUCCUCUAUAUGUUCGUCUGUUCUCUUGACAUCCUGAGCUCAGCUUUCCAGCUUGUGGGAGGUAAAACGGCAGGUGACAUCUUUCAGGACAACAAAAUUUUGUCCAACCCUCUGGCUGGUUUAGUCAUUGGUGUUCUGGUCACCCUGCUGGUCCAGAGCUCAUCCACUUCCUCCUCCAUAGUUGUCAGCAUGGUCUCCUCUGGUUUGUUAACAGUUCAGGUGGCCGUUCCUAUCAUCAUGGGCACCAACAUCGGCACCUCGGUCACAAACACACUAGUCGCCAUGACGCAGGCUGGUGAGCGCAACACUUUUCGGAGAGCUUUCGCAGGGGCCACGGUGCACGACUUCUUUAACUGGCUCUCAGUGUUGGUGCUGCUGCCUCUGGAGGUAGCCAGUGGUUAUUUGUUUGUGGUCACCAAGCUCAUCACUGAUUCAUUCGAAAUCCAGAGUGGAGAGGCCCCAGAUCUGUUAAAUGUGAUCACUGACCCCCUCACUGAAUCAAUCAUACAGCUGGAUGCAUCUGUGAUUAGUGGGAUUGCCACCGACGAUCCAGAAGCUAAAAACAAGAGCCUCAUAAAGAGAUGGUGCCAAACCUUCACCAACACAACCUUAAUGAAUGUCACAGUUCCUGGUCCAGAGAACUGUACCUCUCCGUCUCUGUGCUGGGUUGAUGGCAACUAUACCUUCACGCUAAAGAACAUUUCUGAGACAUACAAUAUAAAGAAAUGUACACACCUCUUUGUGGAUGUGAAUCUGUCCGAUAUGGCGGUGGGUCUGAUUCUGCUGGCUCUCUCUCUGCUCGUGCUCUGCUCCUGCCUGAUCCUCAUAGUCAAGCUGCUCAACUCUAUGCUGAAGGGACAGGUGGCUGUUGUCAUCAAGAAAGUCCUCAACACCAAUUUCCCAUUUCCCUUCGGUUGGGUCACGGGCUACAUCGCCAUUUUAGUCGGAGCUGGAAUGACCUUCAUCGUGCAGAGCAGUUCAGUGUUCACUUCUGCCAUUACUCCACUAGUUGGCAUUGGUGUCAUCAGUAUAGAGAGAGCGUACCCGCUGUGUCUUGGUUCAAAUAUCGGCACAACCACCACAGCCAUUCUGGCAGCCAUGGCUAGUCCCGGAGAAACUCUGGCUGACGCUCUACAGAUUGCCCUCGUGCACUUCCUGUUCAACAUCUCUGGUAUUAUUCUGUGGUAUCCCAUUCCAUUUACCCGCGUCCCUAUCCGGUUGGCUAAAGGUCUGGGCAACAUCACGGGCAAGUACCGCUGGUUUGCUGUAGUCUACAUCAUCUGCUGCUUCUUCGUUUUACCGCUUUUCAUUUUCGGCCUGUCUCUGGCUGGUUGGAAGGUACUGGUGGGCGUGGGUGUUCCUCUAGUCAUCAUGUUGAUCAUAAUCAUUGUGAUCAACAUACUACAAAAGCGGAAACCUGGGUGGCUGCCUGCAGUCCUGCGAUCCUGGGACUUCCUCCCACUAUGGGCACACUCCCUGGCUCCCUGCGACAAAGCAGUUGGUGUUUUAAUCGCAAAAUGCUGCUGCUGCUGCAAAUGCUGCCAAGCUGUAUCCGACGACCAAGAAGGCAGAGCAGAACAAUUGGAAAAUAACAGGACAACACACACAGCAGUAUAUGACAAUCCUGCAAUGAGUGUAGAGAAUGAAGCGGAAGAUGGGAUAAAAAUAGAGUUAAAUAUCCUGAAAAUGACCAGGCUUUGAGAUUUGAUACUUUAAGUGCAGUUGUGGUCAGAGGUUUACAUGUACUCGUCAUGGCCCUGAACAUUACGGUGAUUUUGGACUUCUAAUGAUUUCUUUAACUGUUGUUUCUCCAGGGGGGGAUGAAGCCAACUUACAGGACUUUAAAAAGAACUGGGUGCAAGUUUGAAUGUAUUUUGGAUUUUCUCUAAUCCACACAGGGUCGAAAUUAUACAUAAACUCAUUUAGGUUGUGGUGAUCGUUCUACAAUGUUAUUAAAACACUUUUUUUUUACCUGCAUUUCUAAAAAAAAAAAAAAAAAAAAAACUGCCUCUAAUCUUCAGUUCAAACAGUUCUCUGUAAGUACAAGUUAUUUGUCACCACUUUGCCAACUUCUAGAAGAAGACCCCAACUGUCACCCCUUAGAUGACAGGAAAUUGUUCAGGAACAUGUUGAGAAACCACAAAGGCUCAAGUCUGCCAUGAACUGGAAACUGCUGGAACACCAGCAGAAGGAACUGAACAACUGAGGCAUGUUUUACAUUGCCAUGGACUGAGACGGCGCUGACCAAGAAAGAAGUCCCUGCUCCAAAAUCAACACCUUCAACAACUGAUCUGCAAUUUUCAGCUGCCCACGUGGACGAGCCAAAUGGCAAAUUUUAUGGUCAGGUGACACCAAAGAUUGAGCUGUUUGAUCACAAUGACAAGAGGUAUGUUUGGAUGGUUAAAGGUGAGGCUUUCAAACCUAAGAACACAAUUUUAUGGAUUAUGCUUAAAAGCCAAUCAAACUCUGCCAAGACUAAUGGAUGCCAAAAGUAUCUGGUCGGACUGCAACAUAAGGGACAUUUAAUCAAAUAUAUCAUUUUGAUGCUUUGUGGAUGAGAGAGAUUCCAAAAUAAAUUCAAACUUGUGCACUGUCAUUCCACCAUGGAAAAAACAGUUCCAAGAAAUCAUUAAAAAUCCCCAAAUUGCCACGAUGUAUUUAAAGUUCCUACCACAACUGUAUGUGUGUGACUGUGUGUGAUGCAAAGAAACAUACUAAUGGACAUAUUGUAGUGUAACAUAGGAAAUGACUGCGUAGACAAAUGUAGUAAAAUGUUACAUCGUUAACAGAAGUGACCUUGAAAUACAAGUGGAAAGCUAUAGUUAUAUUAAUGUCAGCAAAUCCUAUGAAAGGAUCCAAACCAACAACUUUAGUUUCUCAGAGUCAUCAUAUCAUGACCCCAGUCCUAACCCUAACACUAAGGCUAGCCAAUCAGAAUGUGUGUAUGUGUGUUUUUUUUCACAGAAUAUGUAAUAUUUGUUUUGGGGGUUUUUGUCAUUUAAAAACAUUUGAUUUUUUUCUCCCAAAAAGGUCCUUCUUGACUUUUUCCACAGCAUACUAUUAGAGUGGGGUUAGGGUUAUUAUCUAUGAUGACUUAGACCUCGGAGUACUAAUACUUUAUAAUUUAGCAAGUUUAUGAUUUUUAACAUCAAAUCAGUUUGGCCUUGCUGAAGACAUAAAUGCAUCAGUGCAAUUCUAUUAACCUUAUAAAGGACAUCAUUGUUUCUUAAAGCAUCUUGGUACUUUAAUUGUUUUUACUUUCAUUGUUUAAAUGAAGGGAAAUUGAAUUUUUAUUUGACUAUUCUUCAGCUGCAAGUCAGGGAACAAGUCAGGGAACAAGACAGGGAACAAGACAGGGAACUGUGACAGUGCCAGUCAAAUACUUUCACCCAGACAUGAAGAUUUUCCCUAUUUAACAUUUUGCUAUAACAUUUUUUAUUUUAUUUAUGAGUCUUGCUGAGUUGAUGAACUAAAAUUUUAAUAGUUCCCUGGUUCAUGAGUAAAAAGUUGAAAAACCUAAAGGCUUCAGCCAAAUUUUAUUUUGUGUCAUUGUGUCAGUAUGCCAUCAUGAUUUCCUGCCUGCUCGUUGAACAUUUAGCUCAUGUGUACAGCCUCAGAACUGGUAGCAUGGCUAUAAAGCGGUGUAUGAUAUGAGAAAAUCUGGCUACACAGACAAAGCUAGACUCAAUCAUGUUGACUUUGGUCUUUUAAAUGAAUUUGUGUGUGGAUAUAAAAUUGCAGAAUAUCACCAUUCUUAUCCUUUUGACAUCUGAGUAACUGCAUUGUCAUGACUAACAUAACAUAACAUUUAACAUGCUAACUGAGGUCUGUGGAGUCUGAGAUGUAGUGCUUGUUGUUUUUGUUUUGUUUUGUUUUGUUUCUUUGCAGUUUCAUUGGCACACCAACCUGUCAUGUUUCCCUAGUUUCAUCAUUUUCCCAUUUUUGUAUUUUUAUACAGAGAAAAAAAAUCACCGUGUAUAAAAGACACAUUCAGAUCUUUAAAACAUCGUUUUAAGGUGUAAUAUAACUUUGUAAUUGAAGAGGUAAUUGUAUUCAAGGAAUAUAUAGUCUGGAAUUAGAUGAAUGCGCAUCUAACAAUUUGUUUUUGUUUGUUUAAUUGUGAGUUGUCCCCCCAAAAAACUGUGUUAAAAAGCAAAAAGAAUAAAA